UCAGUCUUCGUUUGCAUCUUCCUCACUGUGGUUUCUUUCUUGUUCAGUUUGUUCAUGUUACAUAAGUUAGAACCUAGAACCAUCAGGAUCAAAUCAGGCACAUGUCACUUUUAGGGGAGGAGGUGUUUGGGAGCUGAGAAAGUGGGGGAUUAUGGAAGUAGGAUGUGGUCUCUUAAACAGGGAAGCAAGAAGAUGGGGUUUUGGUGUCACCUUAACCCUCAUGUUGUGUUUGUCUGUGAGGGUUUACAUCCAUGGUGUUUCUGAAGACCAGUAUGCAUUUAUGGGGGAUCUCAAGAACAUGAUUCUGGGCAUAUCAGUCGGAGAAAUUUCCCCACAACACCAUGAUGUUGAUGCAAAGAAACAUGCAAAGAAUGUUGUUUCUCCUAACUUAACAACGUGCCAUGAAUCUGUUCCUCUGCCUGGUCUCUCCGUGUACUGCUGCCCUCCAAAACCCGAAUCAGAAGAGCCCUUCAUCGAUUUCCAGUUCCCCGAUCCCUCCUCGCCUUUACGCCUGCGCCGGGCGGCCCAUCUCGUUGAUGAUGACUACAUAGCCAAGUACAGAAACGCCGUAUCAAUAAUGAAAUCCCUUCCUUAUGAUGAUCCAAGGAGCUUCCUUCGCCAAGCGAACCUCCAUUGUAUUUACUGCACCGGCGCCUAUAAGCAGAAAAACUCAGAUAUUCCUCUUCAUGUCCACAGAUCAUGGCUGUUCUUUCCCUGGCACAGAAUGAUGCUCUACUUCCAUGAGCGAAUCCUCGGGAGUCUGAUCGGAGAUGACAGUUUUGCUUUGCCGUUUUGGAACUGGGACAACCCUGAUGGCAUGGUGAUCCCUGAAAUGUACGUGACUGGUUCAUUAGUUGAUACUGAUCGGGAGAAUUCUCAUCUUCCACCCCAAGUUGUGGACUUGAACUACAAUUUACAGGAGAAAGGAUUGGGACCUGAGGAGCAGAUAAAGAUCAACAUGGCGCUGAUGUAUACCCAAAUGGUAUCAGGUGCGAAGACGACUGAACUCUUCAUGGGUUGUCCUUAUAAGGGAGGUGAGGGAGGCUUCUGUGAAGGACCCGGCACCAUAGAGCUUGCACCUCAUAAUACAUUACACGAUUGGACCGGUACCGGUUUGAAUCCUGGAAGGGAGGACAUGGGCUCAUUCUACUCUGCUGGAAGGGACCCCAUCUUCUAUGGACACCAUGGGAAUGUAGACCGUCUUUGGGAAGUUUGGAGGAGGCUCCAAGGGGAGUACUACAAUUCAGAGAUCACUGACACUGAAUGGCUAGAUUCUUACUUUUUCUUCCAUGAUGAGAAAAGCCAGCUUGUGAGGAUCAAAUUCCAGGAUGUUGUCAACAUAACAAGGCUCAGGUAUGCUUAUGAGGAGGUCGAGCUGCCAUGGCUCAACGCCCGUCCUCCGCCUUCAGUCCCUCCCAAGAUUGCCCGUGACAUACUAAAAAUGAGAGACCUUGAUCAUGAGAACAACCAGGAACUUCCAAGCAGCCCCUUCUUAUCAGCACACUUUGGACCCCAUGGUCGAACUCUGGACACCACCAUAAGGGUAAAGGUCCAUAGGCCAAAGAAGCAUAGGAGCAAGAAACAGAAAGAUUUCAAAGAAGAAGAGGUCAUGGUUGUGUAUGGAAUUGAGGUCAAGGAGGACAGUUAUGUUAAGUUUGAUGUGUAUGUGAAUGCAGUUGAUGAGACAUUAAUGGUUGGUCCAGAGUUCAGAGAGUUUGCAGGGACCUUUGUUAACAUUCCUAUUGGUGUUUGGCCAGUAAUGAGGAGGAAGAGUAAUCUUAAAUUGGGGAUCUCAGAAUUAUUACAAGACUUGGAGGCAGAUGAAGAUGAGAGCAUCUGGGUAACCUUGAUACCAAGAGCUGAAGACUGUAUGAAUGUAACCAUUGAUGGGAUUAGGAUUGAAUACAUUGAAUAAGUGAACCUGAUCUUGGGUUCAACUCCAAAUAAAACUGUCAAAAAUAAUAGAUUAGUUUUGGCUUUCAUGGCAGUAUAUAUUAUUUGUUAGAUACUGUUAAUAUACAAGCAGGCAUCCACUGUAAAAGAAUGCCAUUUCAGA